ACGGCCUGUCAGUGUACAGUGGAGGACCGUGAAGAUGGCGUCGUCACGGACACCGCAGCAGCGCGGCCGCAUCCCCGCAGCCCUGGCCGUGUUCCUCGGCCUGAUGAGCAUGUUGAACGCGGGGAACUGCGACGAGCAGGUGCCGCUGAUCCUGUGGACGAGCGACGGGAUUUCUCUACCAAGUCAGUCCGCUCCCACCGCCGGUCACAUUGUCGGGCAGCAGCAGCUCGCCACCUACUUGGAGAACGCUCUGAACGUGGGCCCAAGAAACGUCGUGCUUUUCCUUCAGGACAAGAUGAGCGUUGAGGACUUCACCAUGUACGGAGGGGCGUUUGGAAACAAGCAGGACAGUGUUUUUCCCAACCUCGAGGGGGCUCUGAUGUCGUCGUCCUCACCGCUGGUGUUACCUUCCGUGUCCUGGCCUGCCUCCAACGCUGUGAUUGGCCAGCUCCAGGACCAAUUAGAAACCUCCCCUCUGUACAUGGACCCUGAAACACUGAGUCAGCUGAGACUGAAUGCCUCCUCACCUGCCCUGCUGGUGUUCAGGCUGCCCUACGGGGUUGGAUCCGAUCUGAUGUCAGCUAGAGAAAUUCUCAGUGGAAACGACGAGGUGAUUGGUCAGGUGUUGAGCAUCAUGAAGACCCAGUCUGUUCCAUACACAGCCAUUUACACUGCCCUGCGCCCCUCGAGGGAGGCAGCGUCUCUCUCCGUGGAAGCAGGUCUGGGUGGAGGACGCUCCCUGCUGCAGGCCAGAGGAGGACACCGGGAGAAGGAGCGAGAGAGGGAGAGGCAGCAGAGAAUCAAGGAGAGGGCUGGGACAUACGGUCCAGUGGAGUUCAAGGAGGGGGACGACACCUGUAUCCUCCUAUGGGCUAAAGGCCUGUCAGUGAGCAUCCUUCGGAGUGGUCGCUGGGAAGACCACGACCUGACCCCGUCCACCUUCGGGGAGGGAGUCAACCCCAAACUCCACGGAUCGAGCUGCGACAAAACCAGAGCAAAGUUGGUUCUUAAUUAUGAGAACGUCCUCGGCCACCGCAGCUUUAAACUGAUCCUCGCUAUGAGCCAGCGUCACUACAGCGUGUCCGCACGCCGCUGGUUCACACUGGACGCUGUGGAGCUGGAGUACGACGGGACCAAAGCCACAUUCAACGGCAGCAGGAACGUCUAUGCCCCUGCCGAGUACUCGUACCGCUGCGAGUCCGUCACCAGCUUCCGUUGGCCGCUUCUCGUGCCGCACUCAUCCAAAGAUCCAGCCAAUCAGUGGAGGGUCUCUUUCGAAGACUUCCAGAUUCAGGGCUUCAACGUGAGCGGCGGUGAAUUCUCGUAUGCCAGCGACUGUGCCGGCUUCUUCUCUCCGGGGAUCUGGAUGGGCCUGAUGACCAGUCUUCUCAUGGUCCUGGUGCUCACCUACGGCCUGCACAUGAUCAUGCAGCUCCGCACUAUGGACCGCUUCGAUGACCCCAAGGGCCCGGCCAUCUCUGUCCCCCAGACAGAGUGACACGCCCGCAGUCUCUGUCCUCCUCCCUGUCCCCUCUAUCUCACUGCGAUGCUUCCCCUCCCACCCUUUACAUUCCUCUCCAUGUUCAUCUGUAGUUGGGCAUUAUACAGAAUAUUUCAUGCAGUUGUCAGAAUAAGGGUUUAUCCAUCGUACAACGUGUCAGUUUUGACCUUCUUCAAAAUGUCCAUCCUGAAACUGAAGAAGCCAGUUUUCAGGACGCCUCUCGUGUGGUGGCAUUUCGUUCGAGUUUCUCUGAAAGAAAAUACCUGGAGAUGUUUGAAAACCCAAACAACUCUGAGAUCAAAGUGUUUCAGGAAUCCUCAACACACCACCUGAAUUUUCUUUCUUUUUAAAUGUGUUUGCUGCAUAUCAAGACAAUUUUACCCAUUUUCGGAUUACGUGAUUCCCAACUCAAACAAAGAUGUUAGCUGGAAAUCACAUUUGUUGUUAUACGAUGUGAUUAUUUUUUUUUUAAAUCAAAAUUACCGCUAUGGCGGAGGUUACUUUUGAGACAGGUUAAAAAUCUCGUAUCGUGCUGAAUAUUUUUAUGAUCCUGGAAAUAUCUUCAGAGCAGUGGAACACUUUUUGUUUUGAACACAUUGGUUGGUGUUUAUCUUUCAGAGAAACUGAUCCUCAUCGCUGUAAAUCCAGUGUAAGAGUAAAAUAUGAGACGCACUAACAGGGACGAGUUUCCAGGCCAUGGAUCGAUAUGUUCUACGUCAAAGGGAUACAACUGUACAUAUGGGUACAAAUAUAACUUGUGAAAAGUCUAAUGUAUUAUGAAAUGCUAUUUAUUGAUGAUUGACUACUGUCAUUUGUGUAUGUUUGUGUUUACAAUGGUGUCUGUGAGUAGACAAGUGAAAUGUAGCUGUUGAAUGAAGGGAAUCCAUGUUCAGUACGGAUGAUGGAUCAAUCAUAUCCAUGACAUUCCAUCUGCUUUAGGUCAAAGGGACAUUUUGAUGAACAAGCUGACGAUUCAGAUGAUAAUUUUUUGGGGGGUUUGACGAAACAACGAGAAGCACCGAACAACAGCAUUAAAAGUUUGCUUUUCAUUUUGAACAAUAUCGUUUUUGUUAUGAUGAACAUGAGCUUUGUGUUUCUCAAGUCGAGGUCUCACGACUGAUGUGCACUGGAAUAUGCUAAAUGUGAACGUGUUACUUUUUCUGUUUAUUUAUUUUGUUGUGGAUGAUUUGUGGUGAAUAUCAACAACGUGAGGUCCUGUGUCGUGCUGCUGCUGUGACCCCAAUAAAACAUCUGUGAAGAGG